ACAGGGACACAAAAAAAAAAAAAAAAAAAAAAACUCCAGUCUGAGCUUGACUAAGCAUCAACUUAGAGUCCACUGGCACACGCUGACGCUGUCUCCUUUCUGGUGACUCCAAUCCAAUCCAGUAUGGAUCCUCCAUUGAUGAACGAGAAGUCCUUCUCUGCGGCCAACCCAUCUUCCUACUCAUUAACUGAGAUGUGGCCUUUUCCACCUUCUUCUUCAACUGCUUUGGGCCUCCGGAUGGCUAAUUUGGCCGACCGAGAUGGGUCCGUUGACGAAUCCACUGUGACCGAGCAGAGGGGUAGAAAUGGAAAUGGAAAUAGGAAGGCUAGAGAUUUGAGUUCCGAGGAGGAUGACUCAUCCAUAAUGGUUUCUACCACCACUAGUGCCCAUGAUUUGAAUGAUUUGAAUGGUAAACGGAGGAAAAUUUCGGGGUCAAGGAAUGAAAACACUGAUUCAAGAGCUGAAAUAGAAGCAAAUUCUGCUGCUAAUAACAAGCCAGCUGAACCAAGCAGUAAACCAUCUGAGCCGCCUAUGCAAGACUAUAUUCAUGUCAGAUCAAGAAGGGGCCAAGCGACCGAUAGCCACAGUUUAGCAGAGAGAGCUCGGAGAGAGAGGAUUAGUGAGAGGAUGAAGAUACUCCAAGAUUUGGUCCCUGGGUGUAAUAAGGUCAUUGGUAAAGCACUUGCCCUUGAUGAGAUAAUUAAUUACAUCCAGUCACUCCAGUGUCAGGUUGAGUUCCUCUCAAUGAAGCUAGAAGCAGUAAAUUCAAGGAUGAGCACGAGCCCCGUGAUUGAAGGCCUUCAUCCAAAAGAUCUUGGUGCACAGCCAUUUGAUGCUACUGGAAUGAUAUUUGGCCCACAACCAACAAGAGACUAUGUUCAAGGAUCCCAAUCCAAAUAGCUACAUAUGCAGUUUGGUGGAAGUUUUAAAAGAGCAGCGUAAUCAAGGAACUAGAUUUCUUCAGUUUAUUGAGAAGAAAUUUGUUAUUGGCUUCCACAUUAGAUGCAGAAAUGUGUUUGUGAUAUCUGUGACCAUGACUGAAGUUGUACUAUCAUCUCAUUUGUAGAAAUACAUCUAAUUUUUAAUUGUAUCA